CCAGCCUAGUCUGCUUUGUGCUCACUAUAAGUACAGGGUUGACCUUGCUCAUGAACACGACUAUCUCAACGUUCUUUGUUUCACUAAAACUCGCCCGCGCACCAUGAAGUCGUCUACUGCCACAGAAUUGGAGUCACACCCCUCUCCACCAGUAGAUCUGAAGUCUGCCUCUGCUGUAGACCUUCACUCAGGCGGCUUAUACCUGAACCAACCUAACUACUCAUCCAAUGGUCUUGCUCGCAAGAGUGAUAAAGGGCCUGAGGAACUGGAGCUCCCCGAAAGGACCGCAGACCCCUCAGUAGCCUCCUCUGCUCUUGAUGCCACCGCGGGUCAAGAAGUCGACCCUGCGACCAUGGUCGAUCCCAGCUUACCAUCUACGAAGCUCAGAGAAAGGAUCCAGUUUUUUGCUCUUUGCUAUGCUAUGUUUCUUCUCGGCUGGAAUGAUGGCACCACGGGUCCGCUACUUCCUAGGAUACAGGAGGUGUACCAUGUCGGAUUCACCGUCGUGUCGCUCAUAUUCAUAGCAAACUGCAUAGGCUUCGUGUCCGGCUCAUUAUCCAACAUUCAACUCACCGAGAAGUUCGGUUUUGGGAUCACCCUCGUCAUCGGCUCUGUCGUUCAACUCGCCGGUUACUGCAUCAUGUCGGCCGCUCCUCCAUUCCCGCUCUUCGUCAUUGCCUUUGCCUUCACUGGGUUUGGUAUGGCGCUACAGGACGCUCAAGCUAAUGGCUACGUGGCAUCUUACAAGCACAACUCAAAUGCCAAGAUGGGCAUUCUUCACGCUGUCUAUGGUGUCGGCGCAUUCGCGUCUCCGCUUGUAGCUACCCAAUUUUCGGGAAUGCCAAGAUGGUCGUUCCACUUCCUUGUAUCGCUCGGUAUCGCGCUCUCCAACACUGCCCUUCUCAUCACUGUAUUCAGAUUCAAGACCCAAGAUGAAUGCAUGGCCCAAAUCGGCCACCCUCGUGCUGAGACAGGGACUAGCGAAGACAGCAAGUACCGUCAAAUUCUUGGGCUCAAGACAUUGCAUUUGCUAGCCUUCUUCGUCUUGGUGUAUGUCGGUGUCGAGGUCACCAUCGGAGGAUGGAUUGUCACAUUCAUUCAACAAGUACGCGGUGGAGGCCACUCUUCCGGUUAUAUCUCUUCUGGAUUCUUCGGAGGGCUAACCGUCGGACGAGUGGCUCUGCUAUGGGUGAACCACAAAGUCGGCGAACGCCUCGUCUUGUUCAUCUACAUCGCCCUCGCCAUAGCCCUCGAACUAGUGAUCUGGCUCGUCCCCUCCCUAAUCGGAGGCGCCGUCUCCGUCUCCCUCGUCGGAGUCCUCCUCGGCCCAGUUUACCCCAUCGUGAUGAACGAAGCCUCACGCAUUCUUCCCCGUUGGCUCCUUACGGGCUGUAUCGGUUGGAUCGCGGGCUUUGGACAAACGGGGAGCGCGUUGCUGCCGUUUAUGACGGGUGCGAUUGCGGGGAAAGCCGGGAUCUGGACUCUGCAGCCUUUGUUGGUGGGUAUGAUGGGGUUAUUGUUUGUAUUGUGGGCGUUGGUACCGACGGGUCAUCAACGAGCGGAUUAAUCGGGGAGGAAGAUCAGAGCGCAGGGAUAGAUACUCUGACGACACAGCUCGCAGUCUUAUCUAGCACUCGAGGUUCCAUGACGCUAUUGACUCUUAUACAUACUAGACUCUUCACUGCUUUUCAAUCAUG